AUGAGAUAGAUAUUAAAUUAAAUAGGAAUUGUCAUAGCCACUUUUAUUGAUGAAAUAAGUUUUUAACAAACAAAGAAUUAUAGGUAGAAAUUUACUCACUUCUAAAUGGAAAGUGAAUUAGUUAUUUUAAAAUUCAAAAAGCAAUUUCUUUAAAAGAAAAAUCUUAUGAUUAAUAAUUUUGCUAAUAAAUUUAAAUGA